CACUCAAACCCAUUACUGCUGAAUUACAUAGAAUCGAUAGUGAAGUGACAUAAGAAGACAUGGCAUCAGAGAGGGAGGGAGCAGUAGUAAUGAAGGGGCACACAGAAGGGAUGAAGCAGGCAGGAGCUCUUCUCAAGGAAUUCGGGCUUCCAGAAGGACUGUUGCCUCUUGAAAAUGUGGUGGAGGUGGGUUAUGUGAAGAAAACUGGUUACAUGUGGAUUGCCCAGAAGAAGGAGGUGGAGCACACUUUCAAGCUCAUCUCUAAGCAGGUCAGUUAUGACACAGACAUACAUGGAUACAUUGAGGUGGGGAGAAUAAAGAAACUGAAGGGAGUGAAGGCAAAAGAGUUGCUCAUCUGGGCCUCUGUCAGCGAUAUUAUCCUGGAGACUCCUCUGACCGGGAAAAUACAGUUCAAGAGCUUCGCCGGAAUCACCAAGACUUUUCCCGUCGAGGCAUUUGCUGCAGGCCAGUGAUGGUUCCCAAGUAGAAAUAGUAGCACAUAGAUUAUCUUAUAUACCCACUUACCGUAUCUGCCUGGUUUGUCCAUUAGUUUUAAAACUGUGCUUUCAAUUGCUAUGAUUAUCUUAGCAAGAUAAUAAUAUUUUUCCAAUUCCACCCUUGUAUGAGAUGCAUCUAUGUUCGCAGGUAGUAUGAACAGAGUUACUGUAUGGCCGUGGCUAAACAGUAUUUGAAGAUGCAAUGUUUACAUUUUCGGUCUUAUUGAUUGUGCAAAAACUAUAAUAGAAGUUUUGGGUUUUCUUUAAAUUUUA